AUGAUAGUAUAUCCUACGUAUAGGUUUCUAUACCAGGUUCUGGGAAGGAAAGAAAGACGACAACUCAUACCCAUAAAGGAGAGUGCGGUCAAAGAAAGAGAGUGCCGUCAAAGAGUCCCUCGGCUCAAGAAAAAACUUCAGAGAGAGUGUAGCUACCUCGAAGCCUGCAACUUACAACACACGUCGACCAUCGAUAAUGAUAUGAGCUCUCCAAGUCUAUUUGGAAAAACGUGCCAUGGUGCAUGUUAUUUGCUGACGAAUAUAGUGUUGGUCGCAGAAACUAGCAAAGAGACUAAUACUAAAUUGGAAGAAAGUAAAGGGUUGCGUAUAAGUCGUUCAAAAGCAGAAUAUUUGAGAUGCGAUUUUAGUGGCAAUGAGCAAGUUGAUGCUCAAGAUGUGACAAUUGGAGAACAUGUAGUCGCAAGUACGAAAAAGUUUAAGUAUCUAAGGUCAGUUAUCCAAAGUAAUGGGGAGAUUGAUGGAGAUGUUACACAUCGUAUACAAGCAGUCUGGCUUAAGUGGAAAGCGGCUACCAGAGUGUUAUGCGAUAGGAAGUUCCCGAUAAGACUGAAAGGUAAAUUCUAUAGAUGUGCCAUUAGGCCAGCUCUAUUGCAUGGGACAGAGUGUUAG